UGCACCACCAAGAGAGUUAAACAUCGAGAGGCCAGGGUUUGGUCUACACGAACGAACCGAUACAGAGACGUUUUGCCUGUGAGAGGAGACUUCGCAUUUCAGAAGAAUGAGCGCUCGAACCGACACCGAGGCCGCGCAGGUCCAAGCUGCCUCAGGAGUCACCAUUGAGGGACUCAGAAAGAAGCUCGAAGAGCAGCUGGACGCUACCUAUGUUGAGAUUGAAGAUAUGAGUGGUGGAUGCGGGCAAAUGUUCCAAGCCAUUAUCGUCUCGCCGCAAUUCGCAAAGAAAACGACCCUGGCGAGACAUCGGCUUGUCAAUGGCAUUCUCAAGGAGGAGAUUGCGGCCAUCCAUGCGUGGACGCCGAAGUGUCAUACGCCUGAAGAAUGGGAGAAGAAGAAGCCGCAGGCUUGAGAUGCAUGGCGGGAUCAAGAUGUCACGAGUUUCUAUAUGCAUCGGAUCUGAGUUAUGGACGUGGGAGGACGUGGACAAGGGUUGGCUUGAAGAAUCAUCGAUGAAGGGGCAACAACAUGAAAUGAAGCCACCAAACAAUCCACCUAGCUCAACAACACGCGUAUCUCCCCGCUAGUGCGAGGGAACAGAUCUCUCAGCCCAGGUGCAGGUUCCUGGCCGUCUUCCGCCGGUUCCGUAUCUUGAAGCAGGUCAUCCGCGGCCAGAAUCCUACUUUCAAUGAAUUCGAAAUCCUCGC